UCAAAUACCAAAAAGACAGAACUCUCAUUAUAAAUAACUUGCCUCUUUGCCUCCACAAAGAAACGCUCACACACUCCUAAACCCCUCUCAACUUUUCAAACCAAACCUCUCUUUAGUCUCUACAAAUGGCGCGUCUUCUCUUCCGUCUUCUCCAAGAAACCAACUCUCCUUCACCGGCAACACCACCUCCGGCCUUAUAUUCCGAUCUCGUAGUCGUCAUAGCAGCUCUCCUCUGUGCACUGAUCUGCGUCCUCGGCUUACUCUCCAUCUCUCGUUGCCUCUGGCUCCGUCGUAUCGCCAGCAGAUCCGCCGCUAACUCCGAUCAACCUCCGGCUAACAAAGGGUUGAAAAAGAAAGUCCUAAAGUCUCUACCGAAGCUCACCUACUCGCCGGACUCUCCACCGGCUGAGAAACUCGCCGAGUGCGCCAUCUGUCUCACGGAGUUCGCUGCCGGCGAUGAGCUUAGGGUGUUGCCACAGUGCGGUCACGGCUUCCACGUGUCGUGUAUCGACACGUGGCUCGGGUCUCACUCUUCUUGUCCUUCCUGUCGUCAAAUCUUGGUGGUUGCUAGAUGUAAAACAUGCGGCGGGUUACCCGGUAGCUCAAGUUCAGGAUCCGAUACCAGAAUCAAGCAAGAUAAUCCUAAUAGUAGUAGUAAUGAUAAUUCAUUACCUUAAUUAUUUUUUAGACAUUUUCAUUUAGAAGUGUUCUUUCUUUUUCAUUUUAAAGGAUAAUGUUAAUCUGUCACAUGUAUAUAUUUUACUUAUUGUAAAUGGAUUUAUGUAAUGGAAAGUUAAUGUCAUUCAACACUUUAUUUCUUUUUAUACUGCAAUUUGCAA